GUGACAUUUUUUCAUCCCUGUUCUGGAAUAAACAAACUGUGCAAGCUAGCAGAGCGUAGCUUCAAUUCGCAUUUUCAAUCAGAAUUUUGAGAUGUUCCACAGGUUGAUCGAUUUGCAUUAACUUCUGAUUACUUGAUUCUGUUGAUAAUUUAUUAAAUAGUAGAAUGGCAUUGCUUUUGGGCAAUUUAAAGCUUAAAAUGUAUUACGAGACGGUCAUUUUUAAAUUGGCAACCGGUGUUGUUAUUGUGAUGGCGGUGUCAGCGUUCAAGGUUUUGAGGUCCAAAUGGGUUCACUUGCAAGCACAGCGUGAUGCAAACUUAAGCGAAGGAGAACAAGACGAACAGAACACAUUAUCUGAAUCGACCAACUCACAGUCGCAGUCGGCUUUAAUGCGACUCGUCAUGUCGUCAGUGGCCGGAAGUAAGAAGGCACCGGUGGGUCAGGCGGUGAAUGUGAUUGUGACACCUGCCGCUGCUGCUAAACUGAGCACACACGAGCUGGUCCAAUGGGUGAACGAUACUCUUCAGACAGAUACUGUGUUCAAAAUACAAGAUCUGGGAUCUGGUGAGUGCUACUGUUUGCUGAUGAACCAGCUCUUCUUCCCCAGAGAGCCAGUGCUGUGGAAGAAGAUGCGCUUCAACUCCAAGGCAGAGACAGACCUCAUCACAAAUUGGCGGGCUCUCCAAGGCGGACUGAAAACUGUAGGCAUAGACAAGGAGAUUCCGAUCGGACGUCUAAUCGCGAAGAAGCCUGGCGACAACGUCGAGUUCGCCCAGUGGUUCCACAAAUUCUACAUGGCCAAUAUUUCCAAAGGACGACCCCAUCCCCACCCUGAUUUCGACCCAGUGGAGGAGAGGCGGAAAAGAGGAAUUGAACUGCAGUUGUCGGAGAGUGCAGCCGUGAAGCCAAAAGUGUCUUCCAGUCGAAUAACAAAGCCGAAGUCCAGCGUGCAGGCUAAACGACCCCAAUCUAAGACGCCAGCCACGCUGAAUGUUCCAGAAUCAGAAAACGUGCAACCUGAAACUGGAACUACCGACGCAGACCACCAGGUGAAGAACCUAAAAGAGACAAUAACCUUUUUGGAGAAAGAGCGAGACUUCUAUUUCGGGAAGUUGCGAGACAUCGAGAUUCUAUGCCAAGAUCAGCCGUUCGGAAACGCUUUGCCGAUAACAGAAGUGAUCAAUAUUUUAUAUUCUACCGAGGAGGGAUUUGCGUCUCCUGACACAGAGAGCGAGUGUUCGAGUCCCAGUGGGGCAUCUGUUUCAAUUUCAAACUGAGAAUUCUUAUCAGAAAUUAUCGAAAAAGGGCAUGUUGAUUUUACAAAGCAGGGCUCUUCGCAGGAGACUUCCGAAUUGGUUAAUUAAUUAGUAUUUGGAAUUUCUAUUUCUGGAGUUCAUUCAUCUCUUUCAUCGUAUUUCUGUUAGACUGAUAAAUUGGAUAAUGGAACUAGUUUGAUGUAGCUAUUCUAGAUUGGAAUAGCUGCUUUUCAACGCAAUAAAGUGCUGUUUUAUCACUUCAACAAACUACAUGGUUGCAAUAUUAGCUUUUUGAAAGUUUAAUUAAUUAAAAUCCGUGAUUUAAAAAAGAUUGAAACAGCAGACAGAAUUCAGGCGAAGAUA